CAAGAUGAUUUACAAACAAAAAUAAAACUGUUUUAUGUAAUUGUUGUUAACUAUGAUGUGAAAUAAUUAAUUAAUAUUAUUAAUUCUUACUUAUAACCUUGUGUGGACUGCUAUAAUGGCUUCGACUACUAUUCGUGACCAAAAAAUUGAGCAACAACGUCAAAUCAUGGAACAAAAAAUGAAGCAAAAGAGGCAAAGCUCAGGCUUGGUGUUAGCCAAUGACUUACGUGUAGGUUCUGCGAAGCGCCCUAUUUCUGGCAACCGCUCUCGAGAAUUACACGGCUAUGAUGGUCCGAUGCAAUUUCUUAUGUCACCAAUAAACCCUGAUCAAGUCAUACCUCUCCAAACUAAUAGAGUGUCCACAUAUGAUGAGUUGGGCAACCAAAUAGAAGUGAUGACAGUUGGCGAUGAUCUAACAGAAGGCAGCGGGGACGAAAGUGUGCCAGUAUGUAGUGUGGGAAGGGAUGCGAGUGCUGACGACAUCUGUGCUGAUGCAGCUGUAGCGCCGCUGCACGCAAGACUUCCGCGAGACGAGUCGCCUUCUCAGGCUGCAGAAAUAGAAGGAUCAGUAGAAGGUGCAGUGGAAACUUUUGUGGUGACUCCAGCUAAACAUGGCACUCUGUAUAAAUGUAGGAUAGCACGAGAUAGAAAAGGAAUGGACCGCGGAUUGUAUCCAACAUACUUUUUACAUCUUGAAAAGGAUUAUGGAAAGAAAGUUUUUUUAUUAGCGGGUCGUAAGCGUAAGAAGUCCACGACAUCUAACUACUUGAUAUCGACCGACCCUACAGAGUUAACUCGCCAAGCAGAUAGUUUUGCUGGCAAACUGAGGUCCAAUCUGCUUGGCACUGCGUUUACAGUGUACGAUAAUGGCAAGGCUUGGAAAAAGAACUCCCGUGAACCAACCAGACAUGAACUUGCGGCUGUUGCUUAUGACACUAAUGUGUUGGGCUUCAAGGGUCCACGAAAGAUGACUGUUAUUCUACCGGGCAUGACACCUGACAGACAACGAGUUACUAUAGCACCUCAAGAUGACAGCGAAACACUCUUAGAACGGUGGAAAAGCCAGAAUUUUGAUGACAUUGUAGUGUUACAUAACAAAACACCUGUGUGGAACGAUGAGACUCAGUCGUAUGUACUCAACUUUCACGGACGGGUGACACAGGCAAGUGUGAAAAACUUUCAGAUUGUACAUGAUUCAGAGCCAGAUUAUGUUGUCAUGCAAUUUGGUCGGAUAUCAGAGGACGUGUUUACAAUGGAUUUUAGAUAUCCCUUGUGUGCUUUGCAGGCAUUUGGUAUCGCCUUGAGCUCGUUUGACAGCAAAUUAGCAUGUGAGUAGAAUAGUACUUUUAUAAAUAUUAUUUAAGUAUCUAUGUUUACUGUGGAGACUUGAUUGGUUUUUGCUUUAAUAAUGAAUGAUGUUUAAAUGGAGUUCAGAUUUUAGAUCUUAAAUAUAAUACCACAUAAUACUAUGUAUAAAUUGUUCUUGUAAAGAAGAUAGGUGAAAGUAAGUUAAUCUACUCACCUCAAAUUUAAAAAUGGAUAUGUGUUAGUUACUUUUGAAAAUUGGUAUACAUUCCACAAACAGGUCAGAGAUAUAUUAAAAAGUGGCCACAUCAAGAUUAGCUAUAGCAUGUAUUAAAGAUUUGAUAAUGAUUUGACAGGUGUGUUUUUAUGUAAGUAAUAUUAUAAAUGUUUAUUAUUUGAAUUGACAGAAACAAAAGUAACUACUCUUCUAACCUAAGAUUCUCAUAGGGCUGUCAUUAUUCCAAAUUAUAAUCAAUUUUUAGUUCAUCUAUUGUUUUUUAGAAUACAUUUGCAUAGGUCAGCUAACAAACAGAUGAGACAGACAUAUAACAUUAUAUACAGACAUAUAUAAUAGUCAAUCAUAAUGAAGCAGCCCUGAUAAUCAAGUCUCCAGUGUAAAUUAUUCAUCUUUUGAUGAAAGUAUUAUUGUUUGAAUUAAUGCAUUCCAAUUAAGUAAUGAAUUUACAGUAUUAUGAUUUUAUAAUGAAUUGUUUUGAUUAAUUUUACUGUCAUGAAAUCAUGUUUUAGUAAUUUGUCAAAAAUUUGUUGAUUUUAAUGAUAUAAAAUAAUUUUGUAUUUGUGGGAAAGUUUAAGUUCGCAUAUUGUAAGUCAGGAUCUCAGCACAACUGCAUAAUAAUUCCCUCAAAUAUUUUAAAGUAAUAAAUGUAUUACAAUAAUUAUUAUUUAAAUAAUUGCUCAUAUUUAAAUAGGUAAAAAUUUGAAAGAAAGUUUAAGAUAGUGUACACUUUACUACAUGAUAUAGCUUAAGUUACUGUUUUACUCAUGUCCUAGCAUUUUUAUUUGUAAUUUAGUUUAUGUUUAUGCUGACCUAGUCAUUGUGUGUAUUUUUAAAGUUAAUGUAAAAUUACGAAUAAAGUAACAAUUCCGCACAAUAAUUUAAGAUAGAUUAAUAAUUAAUGUAAUGUAGCACAAAUUUAAAUGUAUUCGCACAAGUGAAAUAACAACACUAGGAGUGCUUUAAGCAUAAUUUUGUAAUACUUUUUAAAGCAUCUAAUAACUACUUGAUACAGAAGUUUUUGAACAAUCCAACGUAUUCCUGAUAUAUCACCUUUACUAGACUAUUGAUUAAUGUAAAUCUUUAACAAUUUAAUAGGAAAAAUUUAACCAGAGCAGUAUUGUAAAGUUCUUUAACGAAAAUAAUCAUUACUAGAAAUGUAUUUUUUAAUUAUGUCAAAAAUUUGCGAAACGUCAAUACCAAAAUUUUGGCGACAAACUUAGAGAAAAUCACAAUUAAAUUGAGUAUAAAUCCUAGAUAAUUGAGUAAGUAGUUAAUAUCUAAAGAAAUUGUGUGCCUAUUUAGUCUAUGUGUUAGAGAUAUUAUUUAAAAUAAAAAUAAUAAAACUGUAUAUAGCUAAAAAUAAGCGAUUAUAAAGCAUUGAACGAGCUUGUAGGUGUCAUAGAUAAUGUGUAAUGAAAUAUUCAUGUUUACAUAUUGUUUAUUAUAAUAUGUAGGUAUCCUAAAUUUUUACUAUAAUUAAUUGCAAUUAAUGGUUUUAAUAUGUUAUUAUUUCAAAUUAAAUCAUGUUUAAUAUAAUAUAUAUAUUAUAAUACGGAACAAUUAAAAAUUAUAUGAGUAUUUUUUUAUGAAAUGACUUGGUGUUGCUAAUUACCUACGUAAGGUAGGUAAUGUAAUUUUAACUAAAAUGUAAUUACCUAUUACAACUUGCCUUACUUUUUAAUUUGAUUGACGAUGGAUAAUUUAUUUUAUUGUAACUUCAAUAUUAAAUCUUUUACUAAACUGUUUUACAUAAUAAAUAAAAUAUGUACUUAUUCUUUUUAUACGCUUUAUAUUAGCUUCACCUGUAUGUUUGUAACCGACUUCUUUUGGCCCCAUUUUGACCCACUUUAAACGGUAGAUUUCGUUCAAACUUUGUAGAUUUAUCGAGGACCGAUGACAUUACAUUAAUUUGACUAAAAAAUGAAAAAUAAAUAAUAGUUAAAAAAAAGCACGCUUUAUAUAAAGUUCAACUAAAAAAUAGAAAAUAAAUUUAA